AUGAAGCGAAGCAACGAUUACGCUCAACACGACGCCUUCAAGAAGCCACGUGUUGCCCAGGGCUACAACAACAACCACUCCAACAGCGGCAUGGGCGGCUCCUCCGCUGAUAUCUACGGCGGCAGCGGCUACGGUAGCAACCCCAUGAUGUUGGGCGGAUACGGUCAGAUGGGCAACAGCUCCGGCGGCAGUGGCGCCAGUCAGUAUGGAGGGCAGUACGGAGCCGAUCUCUCCCAGUCCUUGAACACUCCCUAUCAGCAAUUCACCACUCCCAGCUUUGCCGCAAACUACGGACAUGGAUUUCAAAUGCCCUUCCCUCCAGGCGCAGGAGCCGGCUCCGCGGGCAGUCGCACUGUCUACCUCGGCAAUGUUCCUGCUGAAUCAUCCAUCGAGGACGUCCUGAAUCUGGUCCGUAACGGCAUCGUCGAGAAUGCCCGUCUCCUGCCCGAAAAGUCGUGUGCCUUUGUCUCCUUUCUGGACUCGGCUUCGGCAAACGCCUUCCAUCACGACGCCACCUCUCGCAAGCUCGAACUCGCAGGUCAGGAGCUCCGUGUGGGCUGGGGAAAGCCCUCGCCUGUCCCCCCUCAGGUUCUUCAGGCUAUCCAGCAAGGCGCCACUCGCAACGUCUUUCUCGGUGGCGUGGAUGACUCGGUGACGGAGCAGACUUUGCGCGCCGACUUUUCGCAGUUUGGAUUGAUUGACACCAUCAAGGUCUUGCGGGAGAAGAACAUUGCAUUUGUCCACUUUUCCAACAUCGGAAACGCCAUGAAGGCCAUCGCUGCCCUGUCGCAGGACUCGCGCUACUCUCGCCGCCGCAUGAACUAUGGCAAGGAUCGAUGCGCCAAAAAACCCACCAACGGAACCCCGGGAAUGCCCAAUGCGUUCGCCUUUGGAGGUCCUACUUACCCUCAAUAUGGGUCCUCCAUGCCUCUGUCAUUCAACCCCAACUUUGAUCGCUUUCCUCAGCAAAGUGGUCGCAUGGGGGGUUUGGGUGGUGGAUCCAACUUUGGCCAUGGCAACAACCACCACAACAGCAAUGGCAUCAACAAUCACCACAGCCUCAACAACAGUAACGGUAGCAACAUGAACAACAACCAUAACGGUGGCAACAACGGUGCCUUACUGAAUGGACCCCUCACCGCCCAGGGCAACCGCACGGUCUACCUCGGCAAUAUCAGUCCCGACACGACCUGCGAGGAUCUCUGCAAUGCGAUCCGCGGCGGUAUCUUGAACAACAUCCGGUACUUCCCCGCCAAGCACAUCGCCUUUGUCUCUUUUGUCGAUCCCCAGUCCGCCAACAACUUUUUUAAUCUGUGCAAUCACCAGGGCGUCAUGGUCAAGUCUCGUCGUCUUAAGGCCGGUUGGGGUCAGAACAUGCAUGCGCUCCCUCUGCCUGUGAUCCAGGCUCUGCAGACUGGUGCCACCCGUAAUGUCUACUUGGGAUCGAUCGACGAGGGAUUUACCGAGGAGCGCCUUCGUCAUGACUUUGCCGAGUUUGGAGAGAUUGAGAUGGUCAACAUUCUUCAGGACAAGAACUGUGGCUUUGUCAACUACACCAACAUCCUGUCGGCGGUCAAGGCCGUGGAUGGUAUCCGGCGGAACCCAGCCUACGAGAAAGUCAAGGUCAACUUUGGCAAGGAUCGAUGCGGCAACCCACCCAAGAUGAACAACAACAACAGCAACAACAACAGCAACAACAACAAUAGCAGCAGCAACAACAGCAACAGCAAUGGCAGCAACAACAACAACAACAACGGCAGCAACCACGGCAACAGCAACAGCAACAACCAGGACGACGGCAAAAGUCAGGAUCGUGAGGGAUCCCAUGGGGCCCACGCCAAGGUUGAGGAUUCUCCUAGCGAUAUCAAAGCCUUUGAGGAGGAUGAGGACAUGUUCCAGAUUGGAGCAUAG